AUGCGAAGGCUGUUUAAUAUUUGACAGAUAUUCGAAGAGAGAGGAUCUCGACAUGGGAGAAAUAAAGUUUAAAGUUAAUGGUGUUGAAUAUUCAGUGGGCAGCGACGUGAGCUCUCACGUGACGCUGCUAGACUACCUCCGCGACCGGCUCGGCCUCCGAGGCACCAAGUACAUGUGUCGUGAGGGGGGAUGCGGCGCCUGCGUUGUGAGUGCUCACCCCCCGUCCGCUGUGCCUUGUGCUAUUAAUUCGUGCAUGAGACCAGUAACCUCAUGCCAUGGCUGGGAGAUCACCACCAUCGAGGGUCUGGGCAACAGACACAAGGGGUACCACAAGCUGCAGACCAAGCUAGCAGAGGACAAUGGCACCCAGUGCGGGUACUGCUCGCCUUCCUGGGUCAUGGCUAUGAACAGUCUACUCCAAACUAACCCAGACAUCACAAUGCUGGAAGUGGAAAAGUCACUAGGUAGUCAGACCUGCCGCUGUACUGGCUACAGACCAAUCCUCGAUGCCUUCAAGAGUUUCGCCAAAGACGCUCCGAGGCAGAUCAGACUCCAGGACAUAGAAGAACUUUCCAUCUGCCAGAGGGCGGGACAAAAAUGUGACAGAAAUAACUGCGAAGAUAAAGACUGGUGCUUCUUAGAAGAAGAAGAAAGUAAUAUUAUUGAGAUCGAAUUAAAAGAUGAUAAGCUUUGGGUACGAGUGGAAACUGUUAAAGAUAUAUUCAAGAUUUUGGAUAGAGAGGGGGAUGAUUCUUAUAUGCUUGUUAGUGGGAAUACUGCGAAAGGAGUAUACCCUAUAGAUGACUAUCCUCGUGUGUUGAUUGACAUAAGUGGAGUCCAAGAACUGAAAGGGUAUACAAUAGACCAGAAUCUCAUAGUGAACGCUGGGACCACUCUCACGGAGUUUUUGGAAAUACUCAAAACAGUAGCUAACGAAGACUAUUUUUCAUAUUUGCACAAGAUUUAUGAUCACGUACAGAAAGUGGCGCAUAUUCCUGUUAGAAAUGUGGCGUCAAUUGCAGGGAACCUUAUGAUCAAGAAUCAGAACAACUGGUUCGCGUCAGACAUAUUCCUGCUUCUAGAAAUGGUGGGGGCGCAGGUCACUAUACAGAACAGAUUGAUAUUUAAAAAAACGUUGACGAUGCAAGAGUUUCUCAAGACGAACAUGAAGGGAAAAGUUAUUCGGAAUAUCAUGUUACCUCCUCUCAGCAAUGAACAUUAUAUCUUCACAUAUAAAAUAAUGCCACGUUCAGAAAACGCCCAUGCUUUAGUAAACGCAGGUUUCCUAUACAAACUAACGACUGACAACGUAGUGGUAAGCGCAAGAAUAGUAUAUGGAGCUCUUUCGACAUCUUUCAUACGAGCUACAGCCACAUAACAGUUUCUGAAAGGCAAGAAGUUAUUCACCAACGCGACCCUGACUUCAGCUCUGAAGAUCUUGGAAGAGGAACUGGUGGUGGAGGAUAAUCCUCCUGAACCUUCAGUGGAAUAUCGGAAGAAAGUUGCUUUGGGUUUGUUUUAUAAGGGUUUGUUGAAACUGUCGCCUGAAACAAAUCUGCUCGCUCGCUACAAGUCUGGAGCCACUAGCUUGCACGACAACCGGCCAGUGUCGCGCGCCACUCAAGUGUUUGAGACGAACCAGAAAGUGUGGCCACUGAAUCAGCCGAUACAGAAAGUUGAGGCUUUGAUACAAUGUGCAGGAGAAGCUUUUUACACAGAAGAUCUACCCAACUUCCCCAAUGAAGUAUACUGUGCAUUGGCAUUAAGCACAGUUGCUUUGGGAGAUAUAGUAUCCAUAGAUGCUAGCAAAGCUUUGGCUCUUCCAGGCGUAAUAGCGUUUUACACUGCAGAAGAUAUUCCAGGAAUAAACUCCUUCACUCCACCAGACUCAUUUUUAUACUCAGCCAAUGAAGAAGUUUUAGCCAGUGGCUCAGUGAAAUAUUGCAAUCAGCCAAUCGGCAUAAUUGUGGCUGAUAGUCGUUACAUUGCUGAUAGAGCUGCUAAACUUGUCGAAGCUACUUAUGCUAACGUCAAAGAACCACUUCUUGAUAUCAGAGACACAGUUGAUGAUCCAACAAGAAGAACAGAAUUUACAAAUAUUCCGUCUACUGAUACCGGCACUGAUGUUGAAAAAGUAAUAAAAGGUGAAAAUUCGAUGUAUGGUCAAUAUCAUUACACUAUGGAGACUCUGGUGACAGUGGUGAAACCAUCUGAUGAAGGCUUAGACGUGUAUUGUUCAACGCAAUGGAUGGAAGGUGUGCAGUUAAUGAUAUCAAGAGCAUUGAGCAUGAAUCAAAACCAAAUUGACGUUCAUACCCGCCGAGUAGGAGGAGCGUAUGGUAUCAAAUUGUCUCGAAGUUCACAAGGAGCUAUUGCUGCUGCACUAGUAGUGAAGAAAUUGAACAGACCUUGUCGAUUUAUUCAGUCAUUGACAACUAAUACGAAGGCUCUGGGCAAGAGACUGCCAUGCUGUUCAACUUUUGAGGCUGGCGUAGAUAAAGCUGGAGUUAUCCAAUACAUCAACUACAAUGUUUUUGAGGAUAACGGAUACAAAACAAACGAACAGUUCACUUUGCUCGGCACUGGUCAGUUUAAUAACGCGUACAACAGAGCUAGAUGGAAUUACACCAGUUAUGAUUCUAUUACUGAUACUGCUAAGAAUACUUGGGCGAGAGCACCAGGCACACUAGAGCAUGUAGCAAUGUCAGAAUUUGUGAUGGAACAAAUAGCAUACGAAAUGAACCUCGACCCUCUUGACGUAAGAAUGGCUAACCUAGACGCAGAAUACACAAGUGAUAUGAAGGAAGUAAUUGAGUAUGUAACUGUACAAUCAGAUUAUAAAAAACGUCGUGAAGCUGUAGACCUGUUUAACUCUCAAAACAGAUGGAAGAAACGAGGUCUGAGAUUCUCUUUCCUCAGAUGGACUCCAGUGGGAGGUAUCAAUCUUUAUAUCAAUCUAUCUGUAUAUCGUGGAGAUGGAUCUGUUGUCAUAACACAUGGUGCUAUAGAAAUGGGACAAGGAAUAAACACAAAAGCUGUCCAAGUAGCAGCUUAUAUGCUAAACAUUCCUGUUGAGAAAAUUAUUAUUAAAGAAAACAACACAGUGAUAGCACCAAACUGUUCUUUAUCCGGAGGAAGCAUUAUGAAUCAGAAUGUAAUUUUAGGAGUAAGACGCGCUUGCCAACAACUCCUAGAUAGAUUGAAGCCUGUUAGAGAUGAAAUGGAUAAUCCAACUUGGGAGGAGUUGAUAACUAAAGCCUACAACGACAGCGUGGACCUACAAACUCAUGGGUUUACAAGAUCAGAUGAAGAAUAUCCAUUUGUUGUUUAUGGAGCGACGGUAGCUGAAGUGGAAUUAGAUGUACUGACUGGAGAGUUUGAGUUGUUGAGAGUCGAUAUAUGUGAAGAUGCUGGACAGAGCUUAAGUCCAGAAAUUGAUAUUGGCCAAGUGGAAGGUGCCUUCAUGAUGGGCGUCGGAUAUUGGACCUGUGAACACUUGGUCUACUCUCCAAAAGGAAAGCUUCUUACGGACCGGUCCUGGAACUACCAUGUGCCAUUAGCCAGGGACAUCCCUCAGGACUGGCGGGUCUACUUCAGAAAGAAUUCGUACAGUGCCGAUUCUGUUUUUGGAUCUAAAUGUAUUGGUGAGCCUCCAAUAUGCAUGGCAGUGGUUGUAGCGUUUGCUUUGAGAGAAGCUAUUGCUGCAGCUAGACUGGAGUCUGGAAUACCCACCACACAGUGGUUCCAAGAAGAUGGUCCUUACACAGUGAAUCGAAAUUUUCUUCUAUCAAAGACAAAUUCUGCAGAUUUCAAGUUCAACGAGUCUAUACAAUAAGUGCAGCAGUACAGACUUUCAAGUACCUACCUACACAAAAACCUACAUCAUCGUUUACUGUUUUCUUACUUUUUUAUAUUUGUUUAUAUUUUUUUACUUAGUCAUCAAGCAAAUAGGUUGUUUUAUUACGUUUUAGAUAAUAGUUUUUUUUUUUUUUAAUGUUUUUCACUCCUUUGUUUUUCUUUAUUUGCUGAUAAGGCUAAUUAAUUUGCAAUAAAUAACCUUUUAAACACGUUUUGGAAAAAAAAAUCCGCUUUUUUAUGUAACAUCCUGAAAAUGGCUAUUUAUAUUAUGGUUAUGAAAUAUGUUUGAAAAAUUAAAUAAACUAGUGAUUGGUGCUUAGUGAUUGAUCUUCAA